UACAUGUAUAUCUGUAUGUAUGUAUGUAUGUAUGUAUGAGUGCAUGAUGAAUGUAAGUAUUGGAAUUGCUGAAUGCAAUAUAUAGAAACAACUGAGAUAUAUAUUUUUUAAGAUACAAGAAGUAAAAGGUGCUGAUUUUGCAAGACAACAGAGGAGAAUAACUCCGCCUUGAAAGAAGAGGCCUUUUCUUGUACCAAAUCCGGUCAUUUCUAUCAGUAUCUUUGAUCAAGCCUCCAACAACGGAUGAUCAUAGCUGGUGCUCAGUAGUCCGUGUCAACAAUGGUUGAAACACAUCUAAGUGAAGUAAGGGUUGAUCCAUUGAUCAACAAAGAGGUAGGGAUUCAUAACAACCAACCUCAAGAGCUGAAGAUGGAUGAAACACUAGAAAAUUACUCAUUGAAAAAGAAUGAGCGUUCUUCGUGGUUUAGUUUCAUAAUGAGAGAGGUCAAAGACACUACAAACAAUCAGCCACUCGGGCUAAAGAUUCCGAAAGUUUCAGACAAACUUAGAAAUGAAAACAAGGAAUGCUACAGUCCUUUGAUGGUUUCAAUUGGGCCUUAUAACUCUCAGGAUCCUCAUAACAAUCUCAGAGAAGCGGAGAUUCUAAAGGUUUCGAUGGCUCGCCAAUUCAUCGUAGAUAGUGGAAAAAACAUAGAACUCAUUUACAGUGAAGUAGAAGAGGCUAUCCAAAGCGCAAGAGAAUUUUACAACAAGAUCGACAUAAUAUGCUAUGAUGACGAGCAAUUCACCCGGAUGAUGUUUCUUGAUGGAUGCUUUAUUCUCCAAUUCAUCCACUGUGUGACUCAUAAUUAUGAAAAUUUAGAGAUGACCGAUCGGCAAGUUGCUGGUGUGAAGCGGGAUUUGUUAUUACUGGAGAACCAGAUUCCUUUUCCAGUCCUGAAAUCACUGACGAGGCUGAGGUACGAAAAAGAUGGCACUAAUCAUGGAAUGAAACAUGUGAAUGAUUUUCUUUUUUUCCAUAUUCUCAACCCGAAAGAUCAACCAUUGCGGACUCGAAAAUUACUUUGGUCUACCUUUAGUCUCCCGUUAAUGUUUCUUCCAAUUGCUCUUCCAUUUGUUUUAUCACGCACUUUUAGCAGCCAUAAUCAUGACCUGGUUUUCUUGAGCAUGGUGCCAGCAUUUGCCGUGAUGGAAUUAUGUCUCCUGAUACCAGCUUGGCUUUUGUGGUUACUACUAAGAAAGGGGAGGCAAGCCUCAGGAUAUGAUUCGCAAUGGCAGCCUGAUGAAGAACCUGCCCAUCUUCUUCAACUUCUAUAUUUUCUUUUCAUAGGUUCUCACUACAUAAAAGGCAAGUCGUCUUCACGAAGAUGCGGCCAUUGCUUGUCUUAUUUGGCCACUUGUCUUAAGAAAUUCAUUCCUACAAAGUGCAAGCCAGUUGCUCGAGGAAGGCGUGGCCAUUACUUGUAUUAUACUGCCAAGGAACUUAAGAAGGUGGGAAUCCACUUCAUGUCUAGUCAGACGAGUGCUUUGACGGAUGUCAAGUUCAAGUCAUCAUCUUUCUAUGGAACAUUGAAGCUUCCUUCAAUUACCAUAGAUGAGUCAACAAAGUCCAUGCUCUUCAACUUAGUGGCCUACGAGGCAUCUGCUGCACUCAAUCCACUUUGGGUCACUUCUUACAUAUGUUUCAUGGAUUCGCUGAUUGACGAUGCUGAUGACGUGAAAGAGCUGCGAUCAAAGGGCAUAAUUAUUAAUUUCCAUGGACCUGACCAGCAGGUUGCGGAUCUCUUCAACCAUAUGGGCAGUUUUCUUGAACCUGAUACUAGUGUUUAUAAUGAUGUUAAAAGAGAGAUAAAUGAGCAGUGUGAGAGCAUCGUGAAGAAAUGGGUAGCUCAGUGGCAGCAAACUCAUUUUCAUAGUCCUUGGGCCUUCAUUGCAUUUGCUGCCGCCGCUGUUGGUUUGGCUCUUACCACCACCUAG